AUGUCGCCACCUAUCGCCACCUACAAUGACUUUGAAGGCGGAUUCGCUGCCACCAAAGAACUGAAGGGCGUGCCCGAGAUCAAGAAAUUGACUCUCAACGGCAAUGCCAAUGCCAACGACAAUGGCACGCACACCAAGCUUUUGGACGACUUCGGCGGCAAAUGGGAUGCUUUCAAAUUCGCUCCCAUCCGCGAGUCUCAGGUCUCUCGAGCCAUGACUCGCCGCUACUUUGCCGACCUCGACCGGUACGCCGAAUCGGACGUGGUCAUUGUCGGUGCCGGCUCUUGUGGGCUUUCCACCGCCUACACUCUGGCAAAGGCCCGUCCAGACCUCAAGAUCGCCAUCAUCGAGGCUUCCGUGUCGCCCGGUGGCGGCUGCUGGCUCGGCGGGCAACUCUUCUCCGCCAUGGUGUUGCGCAAGCCGGCCGAGGAAUUCUUGAACGACAUUGGCGUCCCCUACGAAGACGAGGGCAACUAUGUUGUGGUCAAGCACGCGGCAUUGUUCAUGAGCACCUUGAUGAGCAAGGUUCUGGCCAUGCCCAACGUCAAGCUGUUCAACGCCACCUGCGUCGAAGACUUGGUGACUCGUCCGGCUGCGGACGGAGGAGUCAGAGUGGUGGGUGUGGUGACCAACUGGACUCUGGUCACCUUGCACCACGACAACCACAGCUGCAUGGAUCCCAACACCAUCAACGCCCCGCUCGUGAUCAGUACCACCGGCCACGAUGGUCCCUUCGGAGCCUUCUGCGCCAAACGUCUGGUCAGCAUGAACGCCAUUGAGAAAUUGGGUGGUAUGCGUGCGCUCGACAUGAACCGUGCAGAGGAUGCCAUUGUCAAGGGCACUCGUGAGGUCUCUCCCGGUCUGAUCAUGGGAGGCAUGGAACUCAGUGAGCUUGACGGCGCCAACCGCAUGGGACCUACCUUUGGGGCCAUGGUCUUGAGCGGUGUCAAGGCUGCUGAGGAGGCGCUCAAGGUGUUCGAGACCCGCAAGGCCGAAUGCGCAGAGUAG